UUUGAUAAGAGUCUGAGUGAAAACGUAACAUUCGAAGGAGCUAUAAAGUGUCAUCUCUAGAAAAGCCAUUUCCCUUUUUCCCUCUGCUGCUUACGUCUUCUUUCUUCUUUGCCUUCUUCCAUUACUUUCUCUACCUUUGAAUCUAACCAAAAGAAGAAAAAAAUGCUCUCAAGAGUUAACAGUAUGCAGGUUUGGGAUAUGGAAGGCAAACAAGAAGAAGAAAAAGAAGAAAAUUUUACCAACAAGGAGAAUACCACUAAUGUUGAGCUUGAAAACAAACAAGAUAUGGAAUUGGGUGCACUUUCUACAUUCAAAUCUAUGAUAGAUGGUACAGAUGUAGAUUGGUAUCACAACAACAUGCAAAACCAUACUGAAAAUAUCUGUUUCACUCAGAAUUUCACUGAAUUAGCUGAAAACAGCAUGUUUCUACAGCCAGUAGUACCAGUGGAUUCUUCAUCUUCUUGUUCGCCAUCUUCAGUUUCUGUUUUCAACAAUCUAGACCCAUCUCAGGUACAUUACUUUUUAGCCCAAAAGGCUAUUAACAACAACCCUUUGGAUUAUAGUUUUAAUUUGGGUUGUGAAAAUGGUUUUCUUGAAGCUCAAGGUAUGGGUGGUUUGAAUAAAGGGGGAUUUCUUCUUGCUGGUGGUGGGUUUCAUGAUUUGAGCUCACAGAACCAAAUGGGUAACCCCAAUUUGAAUUCAUUUACUCAAUACCCAUCAUCCCAUUUGCCCCAAAAUACUACUACUACUGGGUUUAGUCCACUAGGGUUUGUUGAUGGUUCUGCAAAUGAGAACUCUCUGUUCCUCAAUAGGUCCAAGUUGUUAAAGCCACUUGAUAAUUUUGCUUCAAAUGGAGCACAACCAACCCUUUUUCAGAAAAGGGCUGCUCUUAGGAAGAACUUAGCUAAUACUACUGGUGGCAGUUUGGGGGAUUUUGGAGGUGAAAUUGGCCAGAAUUCCAUGAAUGGAGAGAAUGAAAGGAAGAGAAAGUGGGGUAGUGGGGAAGAACUUGAUGAUGUGAGCUUUGAUGGGUGCACAUUGAGUUAUGAUUCAGAUGACCUUACUGAAAAUGUUACUAAUAAGGUGGAUGAUAGUGUUAAGAAUGGUGGAAAUAGCUCAAAUGCAACUAGCACUGUCACCGGUGGGAAUCAGAAAGGAAAGAAAAAGGGACUUCCGGCUAAGAAUUUGAUGGCUGAACGACGACGUAGGAAGAAGCUAAACGAUAGGCUUUACAUGUUGAGGUCUGUUGUACCAAGGAUUAGCAAGAUGGACAGGGCUUCAAUCUUAGGGGAUGCAAUCGAGUACUUAAAGGAGCUUCUACAGAAAAUCAAUGACCUGCAUAAUGAACUGGAGUCCACGCCGCCUAGCUCUUCAUUGACCCAAACAACAAGCUUCUAUCCUCUAACACCAACUGGACCAGCUCUGCCAGGCCGCAUCAAGGAAGAACUCUAUCCGAGUUCAUUUGCAAGCCCACUGUCUAGCCCGACUGGACAACCUGCAAGGGUUGAAGUAAAGGCAAGAGAUGGAAGAGCUGUGAAUAUCCAUAUGUUUUGCAGCCGCAGACCAGGCCUCUUACUCUCAACAAUGAGGGCACUCGACAACCUCGGACUGGACAUCCAACAAGCUGUUAUCAGCUGCUUCAAUGGAUUUGCCUUAGAUAUCUUUAGAGCUGAGCAAUGCAAAGAAGGUCAAGACUUUCAUCCUGAUCAAAUCAAAGCAGUACUGCUGGAUUCCGCUGGUUGCCAUGGGAUGAUAUGAGCUUCUGUGAUUGACAAAGGGAAACAAUGUAGCCACAACUUUCAACUUUAGACUCUUCUUGUUGUUCUUAGCCAAUUUCCUAUUCUCCUAUUGUAUUUCUAUAUUUCAUCCAGCAGGCUGUUGUUUUGUUUUACAACUCACAAUUUGCUAUUCCAUGAACCUUUGCUUCCAUUUAUCAGUUACUUAGCGAACCGAUUAACUAGCAGUUUUCUCAAUUGUCCUGCAGUUUUACUGUAUAAAAAGCAUAUGCAAGGAAAAUUUGAAUGUCAA